ACGGAGUCAUGGACUCACUCACGGGACAGGAGAGGAUAGAGAAGCACGACAAGUGACAAGUCAUGGAGAAGACGUAGACGAAUUCCGAGCGCACAAAACAUUCAAAUCCUCGAUCCUCAACCUUUAUUCCCGUGCCAACUGCUGUGUCGAUACCGUGCGUUCACAAAAUCAGGAGAAGGAUUGAGAUUUGCGCCUCUGCAUUGCCGGCGGUCGCUGUAAUUCGAGCUGGGUUUGGGAAUGUUUUUCAGAGCGCGAUGUGGGAUUUUCGCCUGAUUGUUUAGAACAGGAAUUCGAAUAUGUUGAUGUCAACGAGGAUGAUCAUACCGACGGAAAACGACCGUCUGCUGCGCUCCACACCAGUCUGUCUCUGGGCAUUUAGUGGAAAUCCAUCUGGUGUAAAAUUGUCAUCUGCGAACCGGAAUGGAGUCAGCUGGAGCAGAAUUGGAUGGUUGAGUGGACUGUGUUUGCGCAGUUGCUUGAAAAUUCAAUGCAAGGGUGGAAAAUGGAGAUUUCCUGCUGUCAAGACACAGAACGUGGAAGGUGUCAACAUAAGUUUCGAAGAAGAAGAAAAAGCCCAGAAGCGGAGAAAAUUUGCAGCCGAAGAAACGCUCGAUUUAUUGGAGUGGCCCCGUCUGUGUGCCGCUGUAGCAGAGUUUGCAGGCACUGCAAGUGCCAAAGAACUAUGUCAUGCACUUACCUUACCUUCAACACGAGAAGAGAGUUUAGCAUUACUCGACGAGACUACUGCUGCACUCGAAUUAGACAAUUUGCUGGCGGGAGUUCUUGACUUUGGAGCUCUCAGAACUCCAGUUAUAAAAACAGGCAUAGAUCGGGCUUCUAAAGGUGCUGUGUGCACCGGGAUGGAGCUUGUAGCGUUAGCAACGCUUCUUCAGUUUGUAUUGACAUUAAGGCGUGGAAUUGCUACAGCUAUUCAAGACAACGGAGAGAGGCUGGACAUAUUGUUGCCCAUCGCCAGACUGGUUGAGCCAAUGAUAAUCCCUCAAGAUGUACCGAAAGCAAUAUGGAGUAAGGUUGAAGAAGAUGGCACAGUGAAGGAUACCGCUAGUUCCCGACUUCGACUAGCUCGCAUACAAGCUCGUACUAUUGAACAAAGGCUUCAAGACCUCCUGAACAGGAUUAUGCGGGAGCAAUCAGGAGCAAGUGCUGCCCAGGAAGUAGUGGACGUUGACGGACGACUAUGUUUGAUUGUCCCUGCAAACAAAUCGGACAACAUCCCCGGCUUGCUUUUUCAAAGAGGAAGCGGAGCCACAGCAUAUCUUGAACCAUCGGCAGCCGUGUCUCUCAACAACAAGCUCUCUGAAGCACGGGCGGAGGUGCAGAAUGCAGAAUAUGAAGUGUUGUUGGAGAUCACUAGAAAGAUUGUGCCUCAUUUGUAUGACAUCCAGAUCAUUCUUGAUAUCAUAGUGCGUCUCGACGUGAUAUCCGCGCGUGGAAAAUAUAGUUCCAACAUAGGCUCCUCCAGACCCAUCUUUUGCACCUCCAUCGAUACGUUGCGACAUCAUGAAAAGACUGAUGCAGAAACCCUGCACGAAAUUAGUCAGCAAGGAGACCUCCUUCUCAACUUACGAAAAGCUCGACAUCCCCUUCUCGUGGAGCAACAUUUCCAAGCUUUGAAACGAGCGAAGUCGAAGUUCAGUUCAGCAUCAAAGGUCCUAAACAGAAUGAAGGGAAGACCUGGUACAAGCGCAUCCAUGUUGCAGUCCGCAGAGUCUGCAUUUGCAGAGUCGGAAGCGGAGCUGAAAGAAGUAGAGGCAAAAGUACCUGUGCCUAUCGAUGUGCAAGUCAGUUCCGGGACGCGUGUAGUUGCGAUCACGGGCCCCAACACGGGUGGGAAGACAGCAGCGAUCAAGACUAUUGGUCUGGCAGCUCUGAUGGCCAAAGCUGGCCUUUACGUGGUGGCGAGGGAUCCUAUUCAGAUUCCAUGGUUUGAUGCAGUUUUUGCUGAUAUUGGUGACGAACAGUCUUUAAGCCAGUCUCUCUCUACAUUUUCAGGUCAUCUAAUGCGCAUAAAGCGUAUCAAGUCAGAGUCAACCGGAGCAUCAUUAGUUCUAUUAGAUGAGGUUGGUGCGGGAACAGACCCCACCGAAGGUGCAACUCUUGGUAUGGCAAUGCUUGAGUCGUUCGCACAAGGUGGCGCUGGCGGUUCCCUUUUGACUUUCGCAACUACUCAUCACGGAGAGCUCAAAACCCUGAAAUACAAUGAUACUCGAUUUGAGAAUGCUUCUGUAGAGUUCGAUGAAGUGCGGCUUGUUCCAACAUACAAACUCCUGUGGGGCAUUCCAGGACGAUCAAAUGCUAUAAACAUUGCAAGAAGGCUGGGCUUGCCCAACGAGAUUCUGGCCGAGGCCGAAACUUUGUAUGGAGCAGAAAGUGCAGAAGUCAAUGAGGUAAUUAUGAAGCUUGAGGAAGCGAAGCUGAACUUUGAUCAAGGAUUGGAAGAAUCAGAGAGUCUGUUCUUAGAGAUCAAAAAACUCCAUAGUAGGCUGCUCUCCACAGCCGAGGCGCUUCAUGACUAUGUAGACGAGCUACAGCUGGAAAAGCGAGACAAGUUAGCUUCAAUUGCUGCUUCGGCUCGCUCUAGAUUGAGUGCAAUUGCGAGAACUAAAGGGCCAAAGGUUGCGGCUUCUGUGCUUGACGAUAUAGAAGCAUCCACCAACCUUCAGUCCCUAAAAUGGGAAGAGAGAAGUAGUUCAGCCACGAAAACCUCUCAACCCCCAGAUGUGGCUGAACUCAAAGUAGGGCAAUCAGUAUAUCUACCCAAGCUAGGUAGAAACGUGAAGGUUGUCGAGGUGAACGGCAAGAAUGUUACGGUUCUCUCUGGAAAGAUGCAGUUGAAAGUGAAACUGAAGGAACUGCAAUGAGCAAUCUUUCAACGACAGAUGUUUCCACCAUCACCAAAAAUGUAUCAUUAAAUUUUAAGCUGGAGUCUAUGAAGACUUUGCAGGACGCGAGAGAGCUACUGAUACCAUAUGUGAGAUUUCGUUGUGUACAUGGUGUCCUUUGCGUUGCACCUCUGUUCUUUACGUCGGCUCUAAAUUUCCACUCGACUUCU